AUGACUCAUGCCCCCUCGGGUUGGAAUAUUUCUUUAGAAAUUGACGUAUUAUUCCCUCUUCCUGACUCUAAAUUCACCAACGCUCAUUUUAGGAGAAAACUUCAUCACCGACAGAAGAGGGAAUUUUGGGAGAGACUUCAGAAUGCUAUUGAUUUCCAUAAUUUAAACGGACGCGCCUGUGUUCUUCGAAGUAUAUGUGAAGCUCGCAGCAGUUUGGCUCAACCUGGAACAUCUCUAGUCCAUGAUAUACUUAGAGUUAUUUUUACAGCGCCCAUCCACGAAGAAGAUUUUACUAAUGAAGUAGCCGACAGUUACAGUGAAGUGUUGGAGCCGAAUUUCUGCGAAAACGUCAACGACUGCCCUUUCUCACUGAUGCAUUUUGUAUUAGCUUUAAAUAAACAAAAAUAU